AUGGAAGGCGAUCAAGGCACAUCAGAUUUCACUUUGGUAACGAGGAAGCCUUGCUUCGGUCUCCCAACAGCUUGCCCUAACUGCCUUCCCGCUUACAUAUACCUCAAACUAUCCCACCUUCCUUUUCAACUUGCCUUCAAUUCCACCUUCCCUGAUUCAGAAGAACUGCCAUACUUUGAAAGUGGGACAUAUGUUGCAUACAACAAUGAAGAUGGAGGGGUGAUUGAGAAACUGAAGAAAGAUGGGAUUGUCAAUCUUGACUCUCACCUCCACUCUCUUCCUGAUUAUCUAUCCUUGAAGGCUCUUAUUCUCUCAUGGUUGGAUGAAGCGCUUACCUACGAGAUAUGGGUUGGUACCGAGGGAAUAUCUGCUUCUAAGAUCUACUACUCAGAUCUUCCUUGGGUGAUCAGCAAAGUCCUCUUUUAUAAGCAGACUUACUUGGCUAAGAACCGUUUAGGACUCACCAAGGAAAACGCAGAGGGAAGAGAGAAACUGAUAUACAAGAGGGCAAGUGAGGCAUAUGAAGCUUUGUCGACUAGGUUAGGCGAACACAAGUUUCUCUUUGAGGACAGACCAUCGAGUUUGGAUGCUUUCUUUCUCUCUCACAUUCUUUUUACCAUCCAAGUAUUACCGGAAACAUCAGUGCUUCGGUGCAAACUUCUGGAACAUAGUAAUCUUGUGAGAUAUGCUGAGAAACUCAAGUCGGAGUUCCUCGAAGCGUCUUCCUCAUCUCCUUCCCCUCCGCUUCACUCAUUCCCUUCCUCAUUUUCAGGAAAGGGUUCAAAGCCAAAGAGCAAACCAAAGGCAGAAAAGAGCGAAGAGGAGAAAAAAUUCAAGAAGAGAGCAAGAUUCUUUCUCGCAGCUCAGUUUCUAGCCGUUGUUAUUUACUUAUCCGUGAUGGGAGGAGUUAGUUCCGAUGAUUUGGAGUAUGAGGAUGAAGAUUAGUAAAGCUAAAGCUUCUCUCUUUUUCUUAUUGGACCAGUAACUCUCAGGCAAAGUCUUUACCCUCUGAAAGAGAUUCUAUUGGCUUUUAUGUUGGUUUUAAGACACUGUAUGACCAGGUUGCCACAUCAGUGAUGAAAUUGGAAGAGACUCUUUGUUGUUAAUUCUCAAUAUCAACUGAACUAACUCUAUUUGUUUUACUUAUAAUACAAAUCUCA